AUGUCGAAGGUUGACUCAUUGAAACAGUUUAUCAAUGAGCUUAACAGUACUGUCAACGUGACCACCCACAAUUUUCUACUGAACAAGGAUUGUGCUUUGAAUGUGGUAAGACCGUACAACAUUGUGGUCGAUUGCUCGGAUAAUCCUGCAACAAGGUAUCUUGUCAAUGAUGCAUGUGUUAUUCUUAAAAAACCUUUGGUCAGUGGCAGUGCGUUGAGAUGGGAAGGUCAAUUAACCGUCUACAAUUAUGUCAACGCAGCGGGAGAGAGAGGGCCAUGCUAUCGAUGUCUUUUCCCAACUCCUGUAAAGCCUUCACAUGUUACCAACUGCAGUGAAGGCGGUGUUCUCGGGCCAGUUGUAGGAGUUAUUGGUAGCCUACAAGCACUUGAAGUUCUCAAAAUUGCAGCAAAGCUUGAGCCUAGCUUUUCUUCAAAAUUAUUCUUGUUUGAUGGGAAACUUGGGAAGUCACGAACUAUCACUAUUCGACCGCGUAAUAAAGACUGUAUCGUUUGUGGUGACCAUCCGUCUAUAACCACACUUAUCGAUUACGAAGAUUUUUGCGGACUGCGAGCAUGUGACAAGGCAAAGUAUUCGUGUAUGAUCAACAUAUUUUUCUCUGAUCACAAAUCGGUUCUAGUGGACACACGACCUCCUCAUGAAUUUAGAAUUGCUUCGUUGAAGGAAGCUAAAAAUGUCACUUUGGACGAAUUGCGCCAAUCUGACCCGUCGCGUAUCCGGGAGAAGUUAGGUCUCAAUUGUGUUGACGACAGUCCUGAAGAAGUCUUUGUGAUCUGUCACCGAGGCAAUGAUUCUCAAAUUGCGGUACAAAUCCUAAAGGAAAAACUCAAACCUCUCCGCAUACGCGACAUUCGCGGCGGCUAUGAAGCUUGGGCAGCAGAAAUAGAUGAGCACUUUCCUCACUAUUAA